AUGGAUCGAGUAAGACGAGUCUCUGAAAGAAGCUAUGGCCGAGUCCGAAAUUUCUCAUCGCGAAGUCUCCGACGUUUGAGGACCCCGCCGAGACCCGAUGCACCAUCGACUUGCAUAAAGUACAUCCUGUUCUUCGUGAAUGUGGUCUUUUGGGUUUUUGGUGUGUUAAUCCUCGUCAUAGGCUCAUACCUUAUGACCGAGUUCAAGAAUGCGUGGAAUCUGGAUAGCAUUCUUUAUGAGCCGUCGGUGGUCAUUCUGAUUGUUGGAAUUCUACUUUUUUUGAUUGCGACUGUUGGCUGUAUCGGAGCCCUGAGAGAGAACACUAUCUUGUUAGCCAUAUACGGAGGGGCAGUCACUCUAUGUCUCAUUCUCCUCGUUAGCGCAGGAACCGCGGUCUACAUACACCGAGACAAAGUGGUAGCGAAGUUGAAAGAUGACCUUCAGCACUACCGCGAUCCGGAUAAAGAAAAUUUCCAGUUCUUGAUUGACAGGCUUCAAACAAACUUGAAAUGUUGUGGUAUAAAUUCUUACAAUGAUUGGCAGACGAAUGUCUACUUCAACUGCUCGUCUCCCGGGUCCGAGAGCUGUGGCGUGCCGUUUUCUUGUUGCAAGGAAUCAAUUCAACUCAAUAGGCAGUGCGGUUACGAUGCGGGGAGAAUGAAAACCGACGCUGAGCGGCUGGAGAAGGGUGUGUACUCCAAGGGCUGCUGGAAGACUGCGAUAAGCUUCAUCAUGGAUAACCUGUAUCUCGUGAUCGGAAUCACUGCCGCUGUCCUGAUCCUCAUUAUCGUGGGCUCGUGCAUGGCGUUCUCAUUCCGAGCGCAAAUCCGCGAAGUGCAGAAAUACGCAAAACUCCGUAACCAACACGAGCAGCCAGUGCGACGACCACGUGACCAUUAGCUGUCUGUCACAUGACUCGACGCACGAUUGUAAUUGGCACACAAAAUUGCGUAUUCAAGAAUCUCAUUGGCCAAGGAUGAAGGGAUUUUUUCAUGGAAAACCGAAACACUGGAAUUUUCCACAAAUUAAUUGGCAAAGUUAUUGUUAUCCGUUGUAAUCUACUAAAAGCUUGAAUAGGAUUUGGACGACUUUGCUAGUGAUAAUUUGAACCUUUACUCACCACAUUGCUCUCCACCCGACGAAAUAUAAACGCUCUCAAACUCAAGGUUAAUGUCUUUUAUCUCUCUCUUUCUGUCCACCAACUUGUUAUUCAACUAAUAGUCAGUCAUCCAGGAAUUUUCUGCGAAACAGUGCAAUGUGCAAAGGGGGAAACGUUCCUAUCAAAUAAAAGGGAAUAUCUGUCAAGUUUUUUACGUGAUACAUACAAAAAAUCUAAUUCAGUUUAUCAAAAGAAAAAAAUUUGACAGACUUGUGGUCAUACGGGGCUCAAUUUUUCUGUCACUUUCACCUUUAGUACCUUCCGUCGCAGCCAGGGUCGGGAGCACGGGAAUUAGGAUACUUUGUCAGCGAUUUCUUAAUAAAAUAAACAAAAAUGCAUUCC